AUUAUUUAUUGAACAUUUCAUAGUGAACAAUAAAAUUAUGGACGCUGGUCCUGAUGGAUCGUCUUUGGAACGUUCUACCUCUUGGCAAAGUGGUAUUAAACCCUUGGGUUCGUCCCAAUCUAUAAGAUCUUUCUCUAAAGGUGGACGUAUUUCCGCCCUGGCAACGCCUCCUCGUUCAAGAAGCGACAAUCUUCAAAAGAACAAUGCAAACAACACGGAUAAAUAUCUUAUUGGUCGCCCGGAAGCUGACGUCAUAUUUGUCAACGAGCUUGAAAAACAAUAUGAAUGUGUAGCGUGUAAUAAGGUAUUGAGAUACGCUGUUCAAUUUAAAGCGUGCGAACAUCGUUGCUGUUCCGCUUGUUUACCGCAAUUGAUGAAAGUUGAACCGAGAUGUCCAAUUGAUCAGAUCAAAAUUGAAAAGCAGAAUAUCCGCGUCGAUAAAACUUUUCAAAAGGAAGUAGACGCCCUAGAGAUAUUAUGCUCUUUCAAGGAGAAGGGCUGCGAAUGGGCCGGCUAUCUGGGAGAAUUGAACGUUCAUCUCAGCGAUUGUCUUUACAGAGUAAUCAAAUGUCCUAUGGGUUGCGAGGUCGACCUCGAAAAGAGGUUUGUUGACAAACACGUCGAAGAGGAUUGCGUAAAAAGAUUGGUUCCAUGCGAAUAUUGCCAUGAGAAUUUCAUUUAUGAAGAGGAGGAAUUGCAUUUGGAAGAUUGCCAGAAAUUUCCAAUUGAAUGUCCAAACAAAUGCGGUAUAUCGAAAAUAGCAAAAGAUGAAGUGAAGGUACACUUGGAGGAGGAAUGCCCUAGACAGCUAACGGAUUGUUUGUUCGUCCGGGCCGGAUGCGAAUAUAAGUGCGAAAGAAACGAAAUGGAUAUACACAUGAAAGAGAACUUUAAGGAUCAUCUCAAAAUGGCCAUUAGGAACAUUACGGCGAAUGAUAAAUCUUUGAGAAUAUUCUCCAAAUCUCUUCAAGCCCAAAAUGAACGUGUUAACGUUGUUGAAGAACAGGUAGUGGGCCUUGAGAAACUAUACGGUUCUCAACUCCUAUGGAAAAUUGAUAAGCAUUCAGAGAAGAUGGCCGAAGCUAAAAGUGGAAAGAAGCCUACUAUCUAUAGUCCAACUUUUCUUACGAACAGACACGGCUAUAGACUGGCCCUGUCGUCUAGCCUUUAUGGAGAUGGUAAAGCUAGAGGGCAGACGAUGUCCUUGUACGUUUCAAUUUGUAAGGGGGAAUACGACGCUCUACUCAAGUGGCCUUUUACUCAUAAGAUAACAUUUACUCUGAUCGAUCAAUGCGAAAACUUGAACGAGAGAAAGAAUAUAGAUUAUACGAUAAAGCCGAAUCUUUGUAAGGAGAACUUGUCGUUCCUAUCAAAGCCGAUAGGGGAUAGAAACGCUUCGUUCGGAGCUCAGAAAUUUAUUGAAUUGGACGUUUUAAAAACGAGAGAUUACACAAAAAACGACUGUUUAUACAUAAAGGUUGCAGUCGACAGCGAAGAUAUGCCACUCUUGUAAUAAUUCAAGUGUUAACGAGAAAGAAGUAUACAAUAGAAUCAAAGCAGAGAUUAAACAGCUAAUGCUCUGCUCAUUUGGUCGUUAAUAUUUUAUUUUAUUUGCAGUGUAUACGCUAAAUAUAGUAUAUGUAUUUAUAUACAUACAUAUGUAUUCUAAUAUUUUGGUGAUGCACUUUUCUUGUGGUAUAUAACUGGAGCACUUAAAGGAGAAAGGAUAAAAAAUUCCCUUCAUUUUCACAGAAAAACCCAAUAUUUAACAACGUAACUUUAUCAAUCUAUUCUAUUUUUAUCAAGUAUUUGAAUAAAUAAAAUUUCCAUUAAUGAUUAACCGUCUCCAGUCUCGUCAGUAGUCCGACUUGACGAAAGAUACUUCUUAAUAGUCCUCUUUUUUCUUCUCCGUCCUUCUGCAUACUUUUCACCUCUUCCUUUAUUUUUCUUUACCAAGAAUUAAAGCUAUUUUUGUACCAUUUAUUAUAAAUUAUUCUUCUCUUUGCUAUUAAAUUUAGUUGUGUUUUUUUUUUCUUUUUCUUCUUCUUCUUCUUCUUCUUAUGUUAAUAUAUUUUUGCUCUAGUCGUCUUUUGUUCUUACUAGACUGUCAGUAACGUUCUAAUUGGUCAAAUACCUCCAACAGCGACAUGUUUUUAUAAGC